CAACCACCUAAAACAGCUGUUUUGCUGUGCCGCCUUUUAGUUCGUUCGCAAAGCAUUAUUCAUUUUCGAUUCCAAUUGUCUUGUAACAAUGCGCAAGUUCACAGCGUUUGCUUGCGGCACAGGCGCCGGCCUUGCCGCCUACUAUUAUCAAAAGCUGCGCGAUCCACAAUUUGUGGCACACAACUCGUGGACGAACAGUUCGCAGCCGGUGCCGGAUUUUGCGCUGUGGGACAGCAACUGGGACUGUCGUGACCCGAAGAGUCUGGUGAAACCGCAAAAGAACGAUAUGCCGCAAGAGCAGAAUCGCUACAACAGCGAACUGGAGAAAUCGGUGCCGAAAUACGCCCGUCACAUCAUCCUGAUACGACACGGCGAGUACCUGGACAUUGGUGAGACAGAUGAGACGCAUCAUUUAACGGAUCGCGGUCGCCUGCAGGCCAAGUACACGGGCAAGCGACUGCACGAGCUGGGCAUCAAGUGGGACAAGGUGAUUGCAUCGAAUAUGGUGCGUGCCCAGGAGACAGCUGAUAUCAUCCUAAAUGAGAUCGACUACGAUCGCAGCAAGGUGACCAAUUGUGCGUUCCUCCGCGAGGGAGCUCCAAUACCCCCACAGCCGCCAGUGGGUCACUGGAAGCCCGAGGCAUCGUUUUAUCGCGAUGGCGCACGCAUUGAGGCUGCCUUCCGACGCUACUUCCAUCGGGCACCGCCAGAGCAGGACAAGGAGACGCACACACUGAUCGUGGGCCAUGGCAAUGUCAUACGCUACUUUGUCUGUCGUGCUCUCCAAUUUCCCGCCGAGGCGUGGCUGCGCAUCAACAUCAAUCACGCCUCAAUCACAUGGCUAACGAUCAGUCCGUCGGGCAAUGUCUCCAUACGUUAUCUGGGCGAUUCGGGCUUCCUCCCGGCCAAGCAGCUCACCAAUCGCAUACCGCGUCAGGCCAAGAAUGUUGUCUAGAUUCCAGAAAUCUUUUUUUUGUUCACUUAUUGCGCCAACUCUUUAGCUUUUAAGUUCAUCAAAGUGUUUGUCCCUUUUUUUUUACACAUUUAUUAUUAUAAUUUCUUUUUUGGUGCGCCCGGCAAAAAUAAAUUCAAAC